GCACUGCCAGCUAUGCUUGGUGUUAGAAAUCUAAAACGAGUGCACCUUAUAUUGACAGACGGAGAUGCAAGUGAGUAUAAUGCUGUUGAUCAAUCCAUCUUUUGUUAUGUGAAGAAUGCGAUUUGGGGCAGAUGUGGGCACCACCUCAUAGAAAAAACAUUCUUGAAACAUGGCCCAAAAGAUAAUGAGGUGAAAAACCUAUCUAAUGGACAAGCCAUUCUACUAAAGGUCCGGAGAUGGGUUAGAUCUUGGAUUGACGGGACUUCCUGCCGCAGUAAGAAGGAGUAUGAAUUCUCCAAGGCUCUCCUGCUACAAGAACUCCAAACAAACUCUGUACUCCGGCGAUUUGUUGGAAACAAGGCUGCAGAAAAAUGUGUAGGAUGGAUCCUUAAUCACAUUGUUACACUCAAUGACCAGCAGUUUACCUUUCAUUGCAAGAACAAAAUUUGGUGCUUACACAAGUACACUACCAAUGCUACUGAGGGCAUGAACUAUGCAGCGAAGCACAGUGGCAUGUCAGCACAGCCACGAAAUGACAUGAAGACCUCUGCCUCCAAUAUGUCAGCACAUAUGGAUAUCAAAAGUCGGGACCGGGAGUAUACCCAAAUGCGAAUGACCAACUCUACACCUUUGUAUUUUGCAACAGACUUGAGGGUUCACAAUAUAGAAUACGUGAAAGCUCUUGUACCAAUUGCCAAUUCCACCAUAAAUGGAGGAAGCUAUUGA